AUGGAGUCAGAACGCCAAACAAAAAAGCCCAAAUUAUCUGAUCACUUGUUGGAAUUAAAGUUUAUGCAACGUACACAACAAAAACUUCGAAUAAUUGAUGAAAAUGCUAGACAUCUUGCAAUAAAUGGUGAAUCUCAGUGGUGGUUAAACUAUGACGAUGUGGAAAUUGGGAAACCUAAACUUAAUGUCAAAUAUUCUCCAAGUUAUUUCUCUUGUAUAAAUGCAGCAUUUUCUGGGAGAAUGUCUUUUGGAAAGUCUUCCAAAAAUGAUGAAAUUGAGGCGCCUGUUUUGCCCGAAAUUAUAACAAUUGAGGACGACGACGACUAUACACCAUUUGUUAGAAAGUUUGAUAAAUUUAAGCGCAAACGUGAAGAAAGUCGAACCGCUCGUAGCGCUCGAAAAAAAAGAGCUAUUGAAGUUAAAAGCAGUGAAAAUGUAAAUGAGCGCAAACGUGAAGAAAAUCAAACCGCUCGAAAAAAGAGAGCUAUUGAAGUUAAAAGCAGUGAAAAUGUAAAUGAGCGCAACGAUAGCAUUCAAGUCACUCAAACACGCUAUAACUUAAGGUCUAGAAAACGACAACCAACGUCUUAUCAAGACGAUAUAGAGAUGAUUACAUCCAGUACUCGGGAUAAUCUAAAUAUCGGAUUUUUAAAACCACCUGAAUGA